GCUUCACAACAGAACGCAACUGAAGCCUGAAGCUGCAAGAGCAGCGGCGGCACCAUAAUCAGUAGUGAAUAGUCAUCAGUCAUCAGUAAUCAGUUAUACGUUGCUAGAAAAAUCGGGUUUUAAUUUGGGGAGAGACACAGUGGGCUCUGAAAACGUAGAUAGGUAAUGACUGCACGACAUUGCGUUGAGUGUGUGGAUUCAUUCGUUGUUGAAAUCUGCGUACGCCAGCCCGUUAGUUGCCAGCUUUGUGUGUAAAGACAAGAAGUGCUGUUGCAGGCUGUGGAUGUUGACUCUGAUAUUGACUUAUCGAAGAAUUUGUGGGACUAAAAUUAAACCAGGUUGGCACGGCAAGGUCUAGUUCCAAACCUUAACUGCGAGGUAGUUCCAAAUCUUAUUUUGAGAAUAUACGAAAAAAAAACGGAGUGACCUGUGUGCCGGAGCCGUCAUGUCAGCCGGGGGAGCUGAAGAAGACAUCCCUCUGGGAGAGAGGAAGACUGUCACAGACUUCUGCUACCUCUUGGACAAAUCGAAGCAGCUUUUCAACGGCUUGAGAGAUUUACCUCAAUACGGACACAAGCAGUGGCAGUCCUACUUUGGACGUACCUUCGACGUUUACACCAAACUCUGGAAGUUCCAGCAGCAGCACAGACAAGUGCUGGAUAACCGAUAUGGCCUAAAGAGGUGGCAGAUCGGAGAAAUUGCUUCGAAGAUUGGACAGCUGUACUACCACUACUACCUACGCACUUCUGAAACCAGCUAUUUGAAUGAAGCCUUUUCUUUCUAUUCUGCAAUAAGACAAAGAUCCUAUUACUCUCAAGUCAAUAAAGAAGAUAGGCCUGAACUGGUUGUUAAAAAGCUGCGUUAUUAUGCACGAUAUAUUGUAGUCUGUCUUCUGCUCAAUAAAAUGGAUCUUGUGAAAGAUCUGGUUAAGGAUUUAUCAGAUGAGAUUGAAGAUUACACCCAUCGCUUCAACACGGAGGACCAGCUGGAGUGGAACCUGGUCCUGCAGGAGGUGGCAGCCUUCAUUGAGGCUGACCCAGUGAUGGUGCUGAAUGAUGACAACACUGUGGUGGUCACAUCGAAGCGGCUGAUGGAUGGGGGGGUCCCCCAGCUGGAGCAGGGCAUGAUCGUGGGGCAGCUCACGCUAGCUGACGCGUUAAUCAUAGGGAACUGCAAUAAUCAGGUCAAGUUUAGCGAGUUGACAAUAGAUAUGUUUAGAAUGCUCCAAGCUCUUGAGAGGGAACCAGUGAACUUGGCAACACAGAUGAAUAAACCUGGAAUGCUGGAGCCGAGUGAGAAACCUGCCAAGCGCGAGAAUCCCCACAAGUACUUGCUCUACAAGCCCACCUUCAGCCAACUCUACACAUUCCUCUCCGCAGCAUUUAAGGAACUUCCUGCCAAUAGCGUGCUGCUGAUGUAUCUGUCUGCAACAGGUGUCUUUCCUGUGGGCCGCUCUGAUUAUGAAGGUCCCUAUGAUUUUGGCGGCGUGCUCACAAACAGUAACCGUGAUAUUUUAAACGGGGAGACGGUGCAGAAGCGGAAUCAGGCCCACAAGGAAAUGCACUGUCUUCAUCCAGGUGACUUGUAUCCCUUCACGCGAAAGCCUUUGUUCGUAGUCGUAGAUUCCUCCAAUAGUGUUGCAUACAAGAAUUUCACAAACUUAUUCGGACAGCCCGUAGUUUGCCUACUUUCUCCCACAGUCUAUCCUAAGAACAUGCAAGAUCAGUCCCAGCGAGGAAGCCUCUUCACGCUCUUCCUCUACAACCCCCUUAUGGCAUUCCUUUAUGUCUGUGGGCUGUCCAGCAUGCGCAGUGGAUUGUGGGACAAGUGCCAGGAGUUCCUGAGGAAGAUGAACCGUGACCUGGGCCAGCUGAUCUCGCACUCCCGCUCCAUAGAUCAAGCUUUUCUCCAAUUCUUUGGGGAUGAAUUUCUUCGGUUACUGUUGGUCCGGUUUGUCUUUUGUUCAGCAACUAUGAGACUGCACAAGGUUUUCAGGGAGACAAGGAAUUACCCUGAAACCUAUCCACAGCUUCCAAAAGAAGAGACUGUCGAGAACCCCAUGGUUCAAAAGCACGUCCUGGAGCUGGCUUCUGUUCUGGACGUUCAGAAUCUCUUCUACGACAACACCCUUGACAAUUACUAGUGAACACACUUGCUUAGUUUCAAGACCUAUUGUUUUAUAAGCUACAGAUUUUUGAAACGUCUGGUUUCCUACGUUAUGUCUGAUAUAUUCGUGUGUCUCCUUUCUACUUUUUAGAGGUCACUGGAGUAAUAUUUUUAAAGUGUAUCUAAACACGGUGCAGCUAUGUCUAUUAGUGAUGUCAUAACUCUGAGGGCUUUUUAAAGAACACGACUGCCUGUUUUAACACAUUUACAUAUUUCAAAGGCACCUGAUGCUUCAGUUUGAAAUCCAAAACUGAAACUGGAUUUUUCUGUUAGCUAGCGGAAAAAGGCCCUUGUUUUGAAUGAUGCAAGCCAGGUUUCCAGGUUUAGUUCUGCAUGUGUACAUUAAGUACUGUUUUCUACAGAUAUGCGUGGCUUGCAAUGUGCAUUUGUUCCAAUCUACUUGUCUUUGUAAUUAUUCCUUACCUCUGAUUUUGCUGUCUGUGCAGUGAUAAGUGUCUGCAUGAACAAUUCAACCUGGGGCAGUAUAUCAAAUAGUCCUUUUGAUAGACCAUCAUUCAGACCUACUGUUCUUCAGUAAUAGGACUAUUCUUCCAAUGCAGUCAUCCCCAAUGCAAAUCUCAUGUUGUACCUCUGUAUCCUUCUUUCAUUCACAGAUCUGGAUCAUUUGUAGUCCCAUGCCAACACCCUCAAAACUUUGUACUAAAUGGUUUCCACCCUAUUCCAUGCAAUAAAACCUCCAUCUGUGGUUGAGCACCACAAACGUGGCGCUUUGUUGAGUUCAUGCGUUCAGCAUGUUUGUGAAUAGUGUUUGAUGUAAAUUGUACUGAUUGGAUUGUCUGUGUUCCGUGUGGUGAAAAUCUGUAUUGAGAUAGAAUUUAAAAAAUGUAAGUGAUAUGCAACUUCAUUUACUUGUCGUAUGUUUGGAUUGUUAAUGUUGAAAAUGUUAUAUAAAAUGCUUCCCAAGAAA